AUGCGAUUCUUCUGCAUUCCCCUCUUUGCGUGCAACACGCAAGUGGAUUCACUGGACAAACGCCAAUGUAACCUCCAGAACGUGCCGAACGAUGUGGAACGGUAUGCGCGCACGCUGGAAGAACUGUUGUUGGACAUGAAUCAUAUCAAGGAUCUACCCAAGUUCCUGUUCCGACUACCGAAACUACGACGCUUGUGUAUGAGUGACAAUGAUCUACAUCGACUGCCCGGCGACAUUGGGCAGUUGGCUUCGUUGGUCGAGUUGAAUAUCAGCCGGAAUGGUAAGGGUUUUGGAGGAUUUGGUGGAGUUUUUGGGUUUUCAAUGGGGUUUUUUGAGGUUUUAAUGGGGGUUUUUGAGGUAAAAUACGCCAAUUGUAGAUUUCCUUUUUUAUUUUUGAUUAUUUUGGGACUAGUUCUAUGGCUUUUUCUAUUCAGGUCUUGAUCAUUUUUACAAUUUUUCAGUUUUUUUUCAGCCGUUUUUCUUCUUUCCUUUUACAAACUUUAGACAUUAGAUAACAGUUUUGAUGGCUUUUCAUGCGAGUUCUUGAGCUUUCAUAGUCUUAAAGCAAGUACACUCACUGGAACUCUUGUAUAAAAUCCCUGUCUACCACUACACAGUGCAUUGCAAUACUUAUAUAUAAAGAAACUUCCCUUGAUAAACCUUUAAAGCAUUCGUUAUACAGGAGUUCCACUGUAAACAUAAUCUGAGUUUCGAGGGGGGGGGGGGGGGUGGUAGGGGUGAGAAAAGGGCCGGGCCGACUUUUUUAGGGCCGGCCCAGGCCCGGGGUUUAACCUUUGGGCCCGGCCCGUUUUAAUUUUAGCUCAAGGCCGGGCCAGGCUUAGGCGGUCCGUUUCUCACCCCUAGGGGGGGGGGUGGGGGGAGGGACAGGGAAAAAUUGAACGUGGUCCUCCAUGUGGAUUUUUUAAAAAAAAUGUUUUUGAUCUCGCCCCCGGGCCAAAAGUCCCCGCCCGGCCCUGUACAUAAUAUGUAUACUUUUAUCGACAAUUUACGACUACUUUAGUGUAUUUUUUUGUUUAUUUUUAUGCUUCUUUUACCUUUUUCUGUUUAUGUUUAUACCUCUUCUAGCCUGGCUAUCUAUAUGCUUCUAAUAGCUUAUGCUGCCCAUUUUUUAAAAAGUUUUGACAUUUUUUUGAUAGAUUUUGCCGGUUUCUAGCUGUUUUUUGAUUGUUUAGUAACUUUGUCGCUUCUUUUUGUUCCAUCAUCAUUUUUGAUAGUUUAUUUUGAGAUGUUUCUUUUAUUGUUUUUAGAUUUUUUAAAGUUUUUUGGUUAUUUUUGUCUUUUUUUAUGGGUUUUCAGACCUAUUUUGAACAAUUUUCAUACUUUAUAAGCCGUUUUUGAAGCCAUUUUUGAUCAUACCUAAGCCUUUCUAACCAUUUUUAAAGCAAACUCGUAACUUCUAUUUAAUUUUUGACCUUAUUUCCAUCAUUCCAGACAUUUCCGACCUCCCCGAGGACCUCAAACAUUGCAAACAGUUAUUAAUCCUGGACGUGAGCUCGAACCCGAUCGCUCGUCUACCAGACUCAAUCACCAUGGUAUCAACCCUAUCUCAGUUAUCCCUUAACGACACAUCCCUCACUCGUCUGCCCUCAGAUAUUGGUCGAUUGGCCGGUCUUCGGUCGCUGGAAAUCAGGGAAAAUCACUUGCGAACGCUGCCGGCAUCAAUAGCCCAUCUUCAGCGACUUCAGCGGCUGGAUUUGGGACAAAAUGAGCUUGAUGAACUGGUAGGUGAAGUCUUUGAGGUUUCAAAAAAAUUUUUUCACGGAUAUUUACCUCAAGGCGUAUUUUACAUUACUGUUCUAGUUUAGAACGUUUUUUGACCAUAAAUGUCCAUAUGAAUGCUUUUGAAAUUUUUGGCGGGAAAAUUGAGAUUUGAAAACUUUUUGAUUUUUAAUUUUUAAACAAUCAAUCUCAAUGGUAAACCAUGAGGUUUGUGGUAAAAUACGAAAUUUAUAAUUAUUAAUUUAAGCGUAUUAAAAUGUAAAUUCUGGAUUUUGUUAAACACGGAUUUUGUUUUUUGGCGGGAAAAUUGAGAUUUGAAAAUUUUUAGGGAUAAAACUUGUAAUUUAUCAAUAGUUUUUUGUAAAAUACGAUACCAAGACAUUUGCGUUCUUGACUUAGACUAUCUGGCAAUAAGGAACGUUAUUUUCUAGAACAUAUGCUUUAAAAAGGCGUUUUGGAUUUUGGCGGGAAAAUAAAAAUUUGAAUUUUGAAAAUUUGUUUUUGAAAUAAUGGAUUUGAAAUUUGAUUAAGGGGUUUUUGCCUGUUCUUCUAAAACUAAAGGGCUUUUUUUGAGGUAAAAAUUGGUUGACUAAAGUAACAAGCUUUAGACAAUAUCAAGUGACUUGGUCCUUGAUGUUGAUGUUCAUAUAAAGGGAGGUUACUCUGUAAUGUAAAAUACGACCUUCGGUUGCGUUCCGUCUUUAUUUGAAAGUUUUAUUUACAAGUUUAAUAAAGCUAGCAUUUCAAGCCUUUUCAGCUUCUAAAAGGUCUUAAGAACGUAUUAACAUGAUAUUAACCAUGACACUUUCAGCCCCCAGAAAUCGGUUCUCUCCGCAUGCUCCAAGAGUUCUACGCCGACGAAAACUCGCUCGAAGGCCUUCCCGACCAAAUACUGAACUGUAAAAACCUAGAACAAAUCGACAUAUCAACCAACCGCAUCAUCGAAUUACCGGUCGAACUUGGCGACCUCGAGAAGCUGACCGACCUAAUACUAUCGAACAACUGUAUCAGUAACUUACCGAAUUCGAUAGGCAGAUUGAGGAGGUUAGGUAUUCUGAAGCUGGACAACAAUAACCUGACAAAGUUGACUCCAGCCAUCGGAAGUUGUGGCGCUUUGACAGAGUUGUUCUUGACCGCCAAUUUACUGUCAGAGUUGCCGAGUACUAUAGGGAACUUGGUGAACUUGAGUACUCUGAAUUUGGACAAGAAUCAACUCACGGCUAUUCCAUCGUUGGUAAGGCAGAUUUCUUGUUUUUUAAGUUUUUUGGCCGGGGGAAUAGGGUUAGUGAUGAAGUGGGAAGGGGUAAUUUUUCAAAAAUAAAAAAUUUUUUGAAAAAUGUUUUUGUUGGCCCAAAAAAUGUGUGUAGGCUACAAAAAACAUUGAGUAAAGUAUUUCUACACCAAAUGACAUAGUCAUGAUUUUAUGACAACUUUUAAAAAAAAUGUUUUUUUGCUGUUUUGCCAAAUCUAAACAGUAUAGAACAGCAGAAAUUGGUAGAAAGAGCCGUUAGACUUUAAGGAACACUUUUGUAGUUGUAAACUGUUUGGUUGGAUUACUGUAACAUAUUGAUUUUGAAAGAAGUUGCUUUUGGCACAAGUUGGAUUUUUUACCAAAGUGACAUUCUUUUAAGUACAAAAAUCUUUAAAUUGUGUACAGCAAUGUUUGACUAUAAGGAACACAUCUGUAAUUGUAAAUUUGUUGAUUGGAUUACUGUAACAUAAUGAUUUUGAAAAAAGUUGCUCUUGGCACAAGUUGAAAUUUUUGACAAAGUGAUAUUUUUUAUAGUGAUAAUAAUGUAAAAAUGUGUAUACAGAGCCUUUUUACUACAAAGAAUAUUUUUAUAAUUGUAAAGAUUUUGAUAGGGUUACUGUAACAUACUGAAUUCAAAAAUUUUGUCAAAAAAGUGCUGAAUUUCGAGGUUUUUUUAUCGAAAACUGUCGAUUUUUGAGAAAUUUUGCAUAGAUUUUAAAAUAUUUUUUGUAUAUUAUGAAUAUACAUGAAAUUCUACAUAUAAAUCACUAUAUAUAGUUAUUAAUAACAGUAUUCUUUGGGGUUUAAUUUGGCAUUCAUCUGCGCGCGCCUUGCUAAUUUUUGGCUUCAAAUUCAAACGGGUUUGAAUCCGCUUGGAUGCAAGUGCCAUUUUUGAUCAAAAAACCUUACGCAAUGGGUACAAAUAGCUUUGUACAGUAUUUAAAAUGAUAAUUAUAUAACUUUUUAAAAUUUUUAUUUUUGAAAAUUAUACAUUUUUGCUUUAAUCUCAUAAAUACGUCGUAUUUUAGAUAGGAAACUGUCAAAACCUGGCUCUGCUCUCUCUUCGCGACAAUCAAAUUGCUCAAUUGCCGAUGGAAAUCGGCAAACUGGCCAAACUGCGGGUAUUAGAUGUGGUUAACAAUAAACUAGAGCAUUUGCCAUACACUGUCAACGUUUUGUACGAACUGCAAGCCCUGUGGCUAUCGGAGAAUCAAUCUCAAGCCAUGUUGAAGUUGGCACCGGAUCGAGAUGUUAAUACCGGAAUUAAUGUGUUGACAUGCUAUUUGUUGCCACAACAAGGAGCUGCGCAUUUUAAUGGUAAGAGUUUGGUUUGGGUUUUUAAAUUUAUAGGGAAUAGGAUGUUGUUAUAGGUAUUUUUAUAGGUAAUGGAUAGGCUUACAAGGAAGGGCCCGACUUGCCCAGCUCUGAUUGACUUCAAACUUUUUAUAUAAAAAGAUCAUGUAAAUAUAACCCCUUCAGCAAAAUACUACAUUUCUUUUGCCGGGAAAUAUUGAAAAAAUUGAGAUUAAAAUAUACGUUUUGAAUUUCCCGCCAAAUUGGCAUUGUGUUUGAAGCUUAUAACUUUGCCAAUUUUUCAUUUUUAAUUAUUUUUCUUCAAUAUAAUAGUAUAAAACUUUUCAAUGGACCUACAUUUUUAAAAUUGUGAGCGUAGCUUGCACAAAAGGGCUUGAAACACAAUGCCAAAUUUUCAAAAUUGGCGGGAAUUUCAAAUAUUUAAUUUUAAAAUUCAAAACUGCGAGCUAAAAUUUUUUAUGGGUACUAUUAGUGGUACUAAGAAUUUAUUGAAAAAUUUUGAGUUAAUUUUGAGCAUGGCAGAUAGGCGCUUCCAUGUCAGUAAGAGUUAGAGCAAUGUGUGUUCACUAUCAUGACUUCUAUUCCUAACCCUACCCUUAAUUCUAUCUUUGUACUUGCUCUUACCCUUAUCUCUAGCUUUGCUUCAGCAUUUGUCAGCAAUUGUACUUUUAUUUCUCUCUCUGUCCCUACUUUUACGCUUAUUCUUUUCUCUUCUUCCCUUCUAUUUCUUUAUUAUUACUCCUACCCCCUUCUCUUAGCGAUUUCACUGCCAGAAACUAAUUAACAAGUAGUCGAUAACAAGAUUAAAAUUGUACUAGAAGUAGCAGUAAUACUAUGUAGUGAGAUUAGAUAGGCAUUGUAGUAUUCUUUCCUCAUUCACCUAGCUUAACCCUCGACCUAAUUCUAGACUAACGCUCAAUCUAUUUUUAGACGGCAAUUCGAGUGCGAAUCGGAACGCGGCCUUCCUCGGCGGCCCAAAAGUUCACUUCGGCGAUCAAAAGGAGGAGGAAGCAGUGCCAGCGACCAACACCAACUUUGAACGCCACAACACCCCACCCGAAGCCACACCAAGCCAUGAAGAACAAAAGUCAUGUGGAUGGGCAUGUGAUACCACAUGAAGACGAUCGACGGCCAUCAGUCGUGUCAUUGACCAAAAAGACUUCGGCAACCGACUCGAUCGACCAACAACCUUCAACUUCACUUCAACCCAAAUCUUCACUUAAACACCCCCCAGUUCAUAACCUGCCCGGAGGUGAGACAGCCAACUAUGUGUCGUCGGCUGCUGCGGCUACGAAGGUACGUUAGGCUUAUAUACGAGAUGAUAUUAUGAUUCAUUUGACUAUAUACUAUAAUAUUAGGGUGAAAGAAAAGUUUUGACGUUUUUUUAUCAUUGUAAGCAAUGUAAAUUGACGACAAAACUUUUUUGAGCCUAAUAUUAUGAUAUAUGUCGAUAUAUUAUAGUAUUAUGGUGAAAAAAGUUAUGUCGUUUUUUAUCACUGGUAAUAUUGUAAAUCAACGACAACACUUUCCUACACCUUAAUACUAUGAUAAACAAGACAAUACGCUAUGAUAAGUUGUCUUACCCACGCUUCUGCUCAUCAAAGUCACGGCUUGCGAUUCAAAUUACCUAUAAUACACUACCUUAACAUAAUCAGGGCCUUUGAGGGUCUGAUAUACUCAGUGCCUUUGAGUGAGGGUCUGAUAUACUCAGGGCCAUUCAGGGUCUGGUUCACAAAUUUAACAGACAUAAGGUUUCUUAUUGCAUGAAGCACGGUUUUAACAGGCUUAAGGUGAAGGACAUGAAUACCUUUAUAAUAUAGGCUUCUAAUAGGUUUAUAGGCUUCUAACACACAAAUUGUUAGGCUUUUGAUAAGUUAAAAAGCAGAGUUAUACCUAAUAUAACACAGCUAGACAUGAGCAAUGGGCCGGGCUGAAUUUUUAGGCUUUUCUUAAGGGCUGGCUUCAAUUUUUGGGCCUACUUCGAGUGCCGGACUCAUAUUUUAGGCCUGGCUUGACUAUCUCAAAAAAUUCUUAGCCCUGGCUCGUUGCUCAUGGCUAUACACAGCUUGCCACCAUGGUUAAUACUUAGCUUUCUCACACCAUAUAAUGCUGCUCACCUCGCUUUUUACAAUUAUUUUUAGUUGGGUUUAAGUAGCAUGAUAGUAAGGGAAAGAUGUAUAAGUUACUUAUAGUUGUAAUUCUAUUAUAAUAUACUAGAACCUUGGUUAAAAGUCUAGGAAAUUGAUAAUGAAGACGUAGUGCAAUAUAAAAUUAGGUAGUUUAGUAAUGAGUAUAUUAUUAAUUGGUAUCUGAUUCGGUUAAUAACUAGCGUAAAUCGACAUUUUUGACCAAAUUUUCUUAUACCUGAUGUUACCUUUGUGUUCCUAAACCAUAUAUCGUUGUUACCUAGUUUAGUCCGUUCAAUAUAAACCCGUAUGUUUUAAACUCCAAUUAGGGAAUCAAAAGAAGGGUUGUCGUUUUUCAAUGUGCAAGGUAUUAUCAAUUAACAACAAGACUUUUUUAUAUUAGUUUUUGACAUAAAGAAACCGCCAUACGUUGCCUGUAAUUUUCUGUGAAAAGUGGCGGGUUCUUUAUGUCGGCACCUAAUAAUAUAAAAAAGUUAAAAAGUUUUGUCAUUUCUUGCAAAAAAAAAGUCCUGUCGUUUUUUACACGUUUUUUCUUAGGAAAUUGACGACAAAACUUUUUUUAAGGCUUUAAAAGUAAACUUAAAUGCCAUUUUUAAUGAACACAAGCUUUCUUAUGAUGAACUAUAGUGAAAGCCUUUAAAUGACAGUAAAAUAUAGUAUAUAUUUAAAGCCCAUCUUGUAUAAUUUGAAAAGAAACGAUUAUACUUUCUUUACUUUUUUUCCUCCAGGCAAAAUCACUUUUCAACUUCAGCUGCGACAAAAAGCUAGUUUUUUUGCCACGAAGUAAUCAAAAGCCCUUUUGAACCCUAUGUUUAUCCUCAAACAAAUACCCACAAGUCUCCUCAUUUCUCUCAAAACAUAACCUUCUGAGCCGUUUUGCUUUUCUUUUUCUUAAAGGACCACAAAUUCUACUUGCAAAUCGUUGGCAUUCUGUGGCAGAAAGCGUUUAUAAUCAAGCGAUUAAAAUUUUUUUUUAAAUUAAAAAUUUUUUCAAAAAAAAAAAUUGUUAGGCCGAUCUUAAUUUAAAAUUAUCAACGAACUUGCGCCUUUUUGAAACAGAACGCCAAGGUUUCAAGAAAUAUCAGUGGUCCUUUAAUCACGCCCCAACCCCCUCUCGAACUGCUUUCCUUUCUUACCUUUGGUUCAGGGCCGAAACGUGGCGUUCGAUUUGCCGGCCGACGCCGCCGGACACGAACCCGAACUGGAGCAGGAGGAGUGCCGGCUGAAACGAGUGAACACCCCGCACUACGGCCGACAAGCCCGUCUCGCCGCCCAACAACAACAGCAACAGGGAUUCGGAUCGAUGCACCGCGUGAAUCCAACAGGUUGUGACGUUCAGGUACUGUCUGGUGUUGUUUCAUCGUCAUUCUACCCCCGAUUUAGAUAGUUUUUUGGAGUCUUUUAAAUUUGGUUUUUGGUCGGUAACAGGUAUUUUGGCUUUUUUAAAAGGGUGUUUGGGACAUUUAGCCUAAGGCAGUUUUAGAAAUUUUUAAAAUUUUUAGAAUUGAAAAAAAAAAUUUAGAAAUUUUUUUUGGUUUUUUAUGAUUUUUAAGAUCUUCAAGGUUUUUUUGGUGUUUUAAGAAACUUUUGAAGUUCUUAGCCUGAGGGGUUUAGAAUUUUUAAAAAUUUGAAUUUUAAAAAAAAUUUAAUUUGGAAUUUCCUUUGGUAUUUAAACAUUUUUAAGGUUUUCUGUAGAUGUUUUAAGAGAUUUUUGGAAGUUUUAACCUAAGGCGGUCAUAGAAAUUUGGAAUUAAAAAAAUUUUUUUUUGAAAUUUUAAAAUUUGAAAAAAAAAUUUAAAUUUGAUUUUUUCGAAUUUAAAGGUCUGUUUGACAUUUUAAGCAGCUUUUUAAGGCCAUCAGCCUGAGGCGUUCUUUAAAAUAUGUAAAUUUUUUAAAAUUUAAAAAUUUAAAAAAAAAUUUUGAAAAAUGAAAUUUAAAAAAAUUUUGAAAUUUUCAACUUUUUUAAAAUUUUUUUUGGUUUUUCUAAUCCAAAAGUAAAUGUAAAUGUGGAAGUAGUAACGUUUUAUGACUAAAAACAGUCUUUUCUGAAUCAAAAAACUUUGGUCUGAUUAGUAGUGUAAUGUGAUGAAAACAGCGCCAGAUGGUGUUCCGAACCCUGUAGCAUACGUUUUUGACUUUGUGUGUUUGUUUUGUGGUUGUUUCUUGUUGUGUCAGCACCACUUUUUUCGGUUUACUGUAACUUUAACGCGUUUUACAGUAGUUUUUCGUGAUUUUAACCUAGGUUUUGAUGGUUUUUUGAGGAUUUUAGAUAUUAUUAUAGGUUUUUUGGUGGUUUUAAGAAUGAAAUUGCUUUAAGAAUAACAUAUAUUAACAUAUCUGAUUAGUUUUUACUAAUAACGGUUGAUAUCAUUAACAAUACUCUUCAAAAAUUGAAUUUUAAAAAAUUUUUGAAAUUUAAAAUUUUUAGUUUUUUAAAAUUUAAAAGAUACUGCUAAAGCUUAAAAAUAACAUUUCUGGAGUGUCUAACCCACGUUUGUCACAGUAAUAACAAUCCCAGACUAGCCGAACGAUUUUUUAAAAUCUUCGAGCUGCGCCCGAUGCGCGCAGCCUGCAGUAUGCUCAAGCUCUUUCCUUUCCUUUCGAAUGGACUGGGAUUGUUUACAGCACUAUUAACACAAUGCACUUGUAAAUAACUUGUAUUAAGUACUGUAAUUUUGUGGUAUUUAAAAAGUUUUUGAUUUUGGGUCAAAAAAGUUUUAGCGUUAUAUUGUUAUAGGUAGUUUUAUGAGGGAAAAAGGUGAAUUUUAAUGGUUUUUUGUAAAAUACGGGUAAGAUAAUCAUUUUUACAGCUUUUGAAAACAAUUUUAUUGCUUUACAGAAGCUGAAAGCUUUUAAAAAAUUGAAAAAAAUGAAUUUUUUACCUAAAAACCACUAAAAAACCACCAUAAUUACUCAAAUACCACGAUAUUACAGUAGUUUUUGUUCAUUUUGUCCGUCGUAAAUUGUCGUAUCAUAACUCAACGCUAAAAACCAUAACCGACGGUGUUUUAGGAGAACCGGCAACCCUUUCCGGCCGCCCCCGGCAACAGUUCCAACUCCGAAACAAGACGUCUUACAAUUCGCCGUGAGCCCAAUGUUGGACUCGGCUUGUCCAUCGCUGGCGGUAUUGAGUCCACGCCUUUUAUUGUGAGUUUAUAGUUUUUUAGUUGAUAAUACGUAUUUUACCAAGAACAUGACGAUAUUUUUCAAUUUUGUUACAUUAAAAUACGAUUUUUUUGAAAAUUUUGAGAUUUUGUUACCUAAAAUACAAUUUUUUUUGAAAAUUUUGAGGUUUUGUUAUCUAAAAUACGAUUUUUUUUUAAUUUUGAGAUUUUGUUACGUAAAAUACGAUUUCUUCGAAAAUUUGCUGUUUUUGUUACCUAAACUUGUAUUUUUUUUAAAUUCGGAAUAUUUGAUAUCAGAAAUAUUUUUUGAAUUUUUUGUUACCUAAAAUACGUUUUUUUUGAAAAAUCGAAUCUUUUUUACCUAAACACAUUUUUGAAAUUUUUGAGUUUUUGUUACCCAAAAUUAUAUAUUUUUAAUUUUCAGUUUGUUAUUUAACAGUAAGGGACAAUUUUUUCGUAACUUUUGAAUUUUUGUUACUUAAUUUACACUUUUUCAAAAACUUUGAGUUUUUCUUUCCUAAAAUGAUAUUUUGUUUUAAUUCCAUACCUAAAAUAUCAAUUAACUAUAAAUUUCCCUACUAUAUAAUCAAUGCCAAACUCAAAACCCCCUUUCCAGGACAAUGACACGGGUUUGUUUGUCUCCAAACUGACGCCAGGAGCACCGGCCGAAAAGGCUGGUUUGUUGGUCGGCGACAAACUUUUGGAAAUCAACGGGACCAGCAUGGUGAAUCAACGACACGAUAUCGCAGUUCAGUGUGUUCAACAAAACUCGAAUGUGGUGGAGUUGGUCAUUCAACGACCAUUGAAACGAACACCCAGCCAAACUUCUCUACAUCAACUUAUCAGCGAGGAAAAGGUAAUAUAUUGGUGAAAAUGUGAACAGUGGGAGUGGGUAAUGUUAUAGUAGGGUCUUGUAAAGACUUAUAAUGAUGAUCGGGUAGGGUAUGGCAGGAUAGGGUAAGGUAUGGUAAGUUAGGGUAAGGUAUGGCAGGAUAUAUCACAGGAUAGAUAAGGGUAGGGUAGAAUAAGGUGAUUUAGAAAUGGGUAAACCAAAAUGCGAUGAAGUACCCUGUUUUUCAAUUUUGUAAAGCGACAGUAGGAAAAGUGGAGCUAGGGCUAGUGUAAGGUAUAGUAAGGUCAAUUUAUGGUAGGUACGCUAAGCUUAGCGCGCUAAGGUAAUGUUAAAUAGGGAAAAGAUUAGUAGUGUAAUAAGUAAUGUAGGGUAGUAUAAAUAGUAGUUCGCGGAACAAUACUGUAGGGCAUGUGGGAGAGUAAGGAAUGGUAGGGUAAGGUGAUUUAGAAAAGAGUAGACUAAGACAAGGUGGGAUAAGUGAAGCUAUGCCUAGUGUAAGGUAUAAUAAGGCUACUGUAUGGCUGCAUACGGUACAGUAGAGAAGAAUAGGGUUGAGGGUAGUGCAGUGUAAGGUAGUAGUGUAAGGUUGGGUGAGAUAGGAUAAAGGGUAGGAUAAUGUAUGGCAAAAUAAGAUAAUGUAUAGCAGAAUUGGUAUCUUUUUCAAUCUAUUCUAUCUUAACUGGUUUGUAAAACUUUUUUCUUUGAAUUUAAAUACCUUUUUUUUGCAUUUGUCAUAAUUUUUUAAAAAUUUUUUUAAAAAAUUUAAAGUUUUGUUUAGCUAAACAUUCUCAAGACCAAAAGCUCUUCCAGCUCCAAAUGUUUAUGUCGCCAAAGACGUUUCGUUUUGACUAGGAAAAGGCGUUUCUAAACUAUUUCUUAUUCACAGCUCGGCUUUAAACUUCAAAACUUUGUAAAUAUAAGCAAAAGGAAGGAAGAUUAUUGGCCUUAAAGCAUUGUUUUAGCCAUUUUCUUUAGAUUUAGCUGUUUGAAAUUUAUGAAAUUUUGAAAAAAUGUUUUGGCCUUUGGAAUAAGGUAUCAUUUAGUCCAGAACAGGGACUAUUUCGGUCAAAAAGGUUGCAGAAUCACUAUUUUUAUGGGUUUCUGGCUAAAUUUUAGUGAUUCCUUCAACUUUGAUCAAGAUUAUUUAUAGUUUAGAUAUCAAAAACUUGAAAAAAUGAUUAUAUUAACAUAGCUUUGUCAUUUUUUUACAAAAAAAAAUCUAAAAUGCCUCCUGAUUUCAUACCUAAAAUUCAAUUUUUCUUCAGAACAAGCUCUUCAAAACGGCCGGAAUCACGGAGAACGGGGUCACUACCAUCGCCAACGCCAUAUCAACCACCAUUCAGUGGGACCCACGCCGCCAACUGGGCAUGUCAAUGUUGCACACCAACCACACCCACCCCAAAAGUCACCCCUCCGCGUUCAGUACAUCACACCGGGCGGCCUCAUCGACCAGGACAAUAAAAUCGGGAUUGGCGACGAAAUUGUGGCCAUAA